AUGUCAAGAAUUCUGCUCUUUUGUGUUGCCGAGGAGGCUAAAUCACUUAUACCGAAGAUUUCACGUGAAUUCAGUCAUAAGGAGAACGUACCUCCUCCGUUCUGGCUUGUUGAAUCGAACGUCUGCCCUAGAGACCAAGCCGGGUUCAAAGUCGUGUUGAAAGACGACGAACCUUUUGAAUCGGAUUUUAUCAACGCUUCAAAGGAGCAGUGCCAGAAAUGGGCACAGGAGAAUUGGGACAAAGUCGAUGGUAUCUCGCACGAGGAUAUUGCUAUCGCAGAUGAGCGAACGUCUCGGGAUGGGACUUUACUUAUGAGUUCGUGGCAUUUUGACAAUGUCGAUCUUGAUGGCUGGGGACCUUUGCCGCCAAGGGUUCCAGCCUGGUAUGAUUUCAGAGUUCAUCAUCGUGCGGUUGAUGCGUUUGAAGUCAGUCAGCACUGGUGUCCACUUGAUGAGGCCCUUCCAAUCUACUAUGGACAGCCAGAAAAGUAUACUGAUGAGGCCGGGGUGUUUGAUUCUAUCAAAGUGGAGUUAUGGAUGACAGGCAAGAUUGAAAAUGAGAACUUUAUUUAG